UUUCACUCCGAGUUUCCGAACUCGGAACAGCUUUUGCCAUAGCUUUCUUUGACUUGCAAAGAUGUUCUGCUUAACUCAACUAGCCAAAAACUAAACAGGAUUUCUGAGUUUUCACCUUUCUUUUUGGGCUUGCAUCACCACAUUGCAUAAGGUUGAAUUUCAGGUUUCCGCCAUUGCCAUCUUUAAAAAUGCUGCUUGAGAAACAGAAAGCAAACAGAUAGAAACCAAAAACAAAAGGCAGACAUGAACCAAACAGAGUCAGAAUUGCUAAAGGCCUUAACUAAAAUCAUACAAACCUCAAAAAACCCAACAGAUUCCUUAACUCCUUACACUCCUCUCCUAACUCCAAACAUUCUCCAGUCCCUGAUUUCCUCUCCUUCCCUUUCCUCCUACCCUUCCACCCUCCUUUCCCUCCACAAACUCUCCCUUUCCCUCUUCCCUGUUUCUUCUUCGGCUUCUUUCCUUCUUUCUAUUCUCCCUCCCCUCCUUUCCCACCACAAAUUCUCCGAUUCUAAGUCCCUCCUCCUCUCCUUCAUUUCCUCUGAUUCCCAAAAUAUCCUCUACAACUCCCUCAUUAACAACCCAUCUCUUUCUAAAUUGAAACCCCUCCUUGAAAUCUCAGUUUCCAGCUAUGUCCAAUCAGGGAAACCUCAUUUAGGUUUUGAGCUUUUUAGUGUCAUGAAAAGGCUUAAAAGGAAACCCAACUUGCUUACUUGCAAUACUCUUAUGAACGGGUUAAUAAAAUUCCCAUCUUUACAUUCGAUCCAGUUAGGUAAGCAAGUCUUUUAUGAUUCUAUUAAGCUUGGUGUUAUUCCCCAAACAACUACUUUCAAUAUUAUGAUUUUAGGGUGUUGUUUAGAAGGUAAAUUUAACGAGGCAAUUUCAUUUAUUGGGAAAAUGAAGGAAUUUGGUUGUUUUCCUGAUAAUGUUUCUUAUAACACAAUUCUUGGGUUUUUCUGUAAGAAAGGAAGGUUAAAGGAAGCUGGGGAUUUGUUGCAAGAUAUGAAAGAAAAAGGGUUGAUUCCAAAUAGGAAUACAUUCAAUACACUUGUUUCUGGAUACUGUAAGGUAGGGUGGUUGAAAGAAGCAAGGAAAGUUAUUGACUUGAUGGUGAAAAAUGAUGUUUUGCCUGAUGUUUGGACUUAUAAUAUGUUGAUUAAUGGGUUGUGUGGAGAAGAGAGAAUUGAGGAGGCGGUUAAGUUGAGGGACGAGAUGGAGAAUUUGAAUGUUUUACCAGAUGUUGUUACGUAUAAUACAUUGAUUAAUGGAUAUUUUAAGUGUGGGGGUAGUGAGGAGGGGUUUAAAUUGGUUGAGGAAAUGAGGGAGAAAGGGGUGAAGCUGAAUGCAGUUACUAACAAUAUUUUGGUUAAAUGGAAUUGCAAAGAAGGGAAGAUGGAUGAAGCAAGUGAAAAGGUUAGGGUGAUGGAGGAAAGUGGGAUUCUGCCGGAUAAGGUUACCUACAAUACUUUGAUUAAUGGAUAUUGUAAGGCUGGGAAAUUGGGUGAAGCCUUUGAGAUGAUGGAUAUGAUGGAAAGGAAAGGUUUUAAGAUGGAUACUAUUACACUUAACACCAUUCUUCAUACCCUAUGCACGGAGAGAAAGCUUAAGGAGGCAUCUGAGUUACUGACAAGUGCUAGUAACAGAGGUUAUUUGCUUGAUGAGGUUAGCUAUGGUACUUUGUUAGCGGGAUACUUUAAGGAUGCUUUGGCAGACGAAGCAUUGAAGCUUUGGAGAGAGAUGAAGAAGAAAGAAAUUGUUCCUAGUAUCAUAACUUACAACACCAUAAUUGGAGGGCUUUGCCAAUUGGGAGAAACUGAGCAAGCAAUGUGCAAGUUUAAUGAGUUACUUCGGAGUGGUUUAGUCCCUGACUCAACUACUUACAAUACUGUUAUACAUGUGUACUGCAAGGAGGGAAAAGUUGAGAAAGCAUUUCAGUUAUAUAACAGAUGGUUGAAGUCACUCAAACCAAAUGUCUUUGCUUGUAAUAUUCUGCUUUCUGGUCUUUGGAGUGAGGGUAUGCUGGAGAAAGCUCUGAAGCUCUUCAAUACUUGGAUUUCGGAAGGAAAAGUAAUCGACAGGGUUACUUACAACACAAUGAUAUCAGGCCUAUGCAAGGAAGGAAAAUUGGAGGAUGCAUUUCGUCUCGUCUCUGAAAUGAAAGAAAGGAAUCUAGGCCCUGAUCAUUAUACAUAUAGUACUAUUCUUGGUGCUCUCUUAAGCGUAGGGAGGAUGAAUGCAGAGGAAUUCAUGUCAAAAAUGGUUGAAGUGGAAAAAUUUCAACAGUCCUUACAGAUAAAGGAGCAUAAUAUCAAGACAAGUGAGAUGACUGAGGUAUAUGAUCCAGAUUCCAAUGCUUGCUCAGAACAUAUCAUUGAACUGUGCAAUCAGGGGAGAUAUAAGGAUGCUAUGCGCAUUUUUGAAGCAUCAAAUCAGAAGGGAGUUACUUUAGAUAAGUCCGCCUAUAUUGUUUUAAUGGAAGGACUUAUCAAGAGGCGAAAACGCUUAUCAAAAGCUGUCCCAUAGAAGUC